GAACAACAGCUGGAAAACGCAUUCGCUUUCAAUCUAAGUAAUCUGUGACUCGCGAGGGGCUACUUUUGUAGUGUAUUUGACUUGUUCUUUUGUAAAACAAAAUAACAUGGUUUUAUGGAAGUGAAGGGUGAGACUGUGAUUGUGGACUAGCCUGAGUAUUGGAAUAACCUACCUGAUGACUUUACUGCGGAGGCCUCUGUGCCUGCUGGCCUGCUCUCUGCUCUGUGUCUCUGUGUGUGCUGGGACCUGCUGGCCAGGAGAGUUUACAUGUGAACAGGGCUGGUGUGUGUCUGAGGACCAUGUGUGUGACUUCACUGACUACUGUGGGGAUGGCAGCGACGAGAGAAAUUGUUCUGGAUACACUAGGUGUGACUUUGAGCAGGGGUUCUGUGACCUGUUACCCAGCUCGGAAACACACUUAGGAUGGACCAGAAGUACAGGGUUCAACACCACCGGACCAAAACACGACCACAACAACCAAUCAGCUCAUUACCUGGCUCUGUGGCCUGUGACAGGAGAGACAGCACAGGCUUACUUGAGGAGUCCUGUGUUCCUGCCCUCAAAGACAUGCUGGGUGACCUUCUAUCACCAUGUGGGGGUGGUGAGUGGGUCUUUACAGGUCCUGACCCAAAAAUACCCGCUAGGUUGGAGCCACUCGGCGUGGAACCGGUCAAAAACACAGGCACACACAUGGCUACGGACAGUGAUACCUUUCACCAGUGCUCACCAAUUCCAGGUCAUCAUUCUAGGGGAGCUCUCUGGUGACAGUGACCCCUCUGAGAUCAUGGCCAUAGAUGACAUCUCCUUCAGUGAUGGUUGUGUGACUGUCCCUGCCCCAGAUAGCAGUGUGCCUCUGUCCCCAGUCCUUCUGUGCCCCCCCUCCUCCUUUACCUGUGCCAGUGGGGAGUGUAUUGAUGAGGGCAAGGUGUGUGACUUCACCCCACAUUGUCCUGGCGGGGAGGAUGAAGCCAGCUGCCGCUCCUUCUGUGACUUUGAGAGUGACUCUUGUGGCUGGCAUGAGUAUGGCUUUGCCCAGGGGGAUGGUUUCGACUGGGUCAGGGGCUCAGCAAUGACCGUACCACUGGACCACCAGGGCCAGAUCCCUCCUCUGGACCACUCCACCAACAGCAGCCAGGGCCACUUUAUGUUUGUCUUGAAGAACAGUAGCAGUAUUUCCCAGAAGGCUUUUCUCCGGGGCCCCCAGUACCGCCAGUCAGCCUCUGGGUGCACCAUGACCUUCUGGCAUUAUAACUCAGGCAUCUCGGUGGGGGCUGCAGAAAUGUACCUGCGUAUCGCUGGCAUGGACAACACCACCGUGCUGUGGCAAACCCUCUAUAACCAAGGGAACCACUGGAACCGGGUCACGGUGCAGCUGGGCCGAAUCACUCAGCCCUUCCAGUUCUUAUUGGCUAAGCUCAGCCUGGGUGUGUUUGAUGGAGUCUCCGCCCUGGACGACAUCAGCUUCCAGAACUGCUUGUUGCCCCCAGCGGUGGAGGCGGGGCAGUGCCCCAGCCACACCCACUUCCACUGCUUGCGGAGCCGGGCAUGUGUGGAGCACCUGCAGCUUUGUGACCUGGUGGACGACUGUGGGGAUGGCUCGGACGAGGAGGACUGCUCCGCGGAGCUGAUUUGUGACUUUGAACAGGGACUGUGUAGCUGGACCCAGGAGCAGAGCCACAAGGGAGGUGACAUCUUUGACUGGACGCACAUCCAGGGACCAACGCCCACCCUCCAAACUGGCCCCUGGAAGGACCAUACCCUGGGCAACGUCAACGGUCACUACCUGUACAUCGAGUCCUCUGCCCCCCAGGAGUUUAAGGACACGGCUGUGCUGGUCAGCCCAGUGUUCCAGCCUACCCUCCACCAUGGUAAUGGAAUGCCCAGCAUCGCCACAGGCCGCCGCCACCCCUGUGUGUUCCGCUUCCACUACCACAUGUUUGGGUCUCAUGUGUUCCGCCUGGCUGUUUACAUGAGGACCACCAAGCCUGGCCACGGUCACAUGCUGUGGUUGCGCUACGGCGACCAGGGCAACCUGUGGCACAGGAAAACUCUCUACCUCAACAGCGCCAAGCCCUUCCAGAUUCUGGUCGAGGGCACAGUCGGUGAUGACUUCAAUGGAGACAUCGCCAUUGAUGACCUGUCCUUCCUGGACUGUGUGCUCUAUAAUGGGGACCUGCCCUCAAUGAGCCCCACCACCCCCUUCCCCCCGACGGAAGCCCCUACAGUCCAGCCCCACAUCUGCCCAGAGGGGAAGUUUGUGUGUGGUGCGCACGGAGAGUGUGUGGACCAGAGCAGGGUGUGUGACUUUAGACAUGACUGCUCCGAUGGGUUGGAUGAACAGCACUGUGUAAAGGAGGUAUGUGAUUUUGAGGGUGGUGUUGCAUGUGGCUGGGAGAGGGUCAGUCCUGCUCCCUCUGUCCUUCUCCAUUCAUUCCGCUGGCUCCCUGACCAGGGAAACACCGUACACCUCGGAGAGCAGUACCACCGGCCAGUCAUCGACCACACCCUUGGCAGUCCAGAGGGUUGGUACAUGUAUGCAGACAGCUCCAACGGUGGUUACGGCCACAUCACCGACCUGCAGACCCCUGUCAUCUCCUCCACUGGACCACAGUGCACCUUGGGAUUCUGGUAUCACAUGAGCGGCUUCACUGUGGGAACCCUGCAGGUGUUGUUGAAGUAUGGAAAUGUCACCCAUGAAGUGUGGUCCCAGACUGGUAACCAAGGCAACAAAUGGAGACGUGGAGAAGUGUUUCUCGGAAUCGACCAUGACUUCCAGGUAAUCUUCCAGGCCAAGCGGGGGAUCAGCUACAUGGGAGAUGUGGUGGUGGAUGACGUGACCUUCCAGAACUGCACCCCACCCCUCAGCCCAGAGCAGCCGUGUGGGCCUGAGGAGUACACCUGCUCCAAUGGAUACUGCAUCCCAGAGGACAACCUGUGUGACUUCCUCAACCACUGUGGAGAUGGCUCCGACGAGGACCCUUACAUCUGCAAGGGCUUCAGCGGACACUGCAACUUUGAGUUUGACCUCUGCUCCUGGCGCCAGUGCCGGCAGGACAAUUUCGAUUGGCUUAUCAAAGCGGGCAGCACACCGACUACUGGCACAGGUCCAUCUACUGACCACACCCUGCGGGACCCGUCUGGCCACUACCUCUAUGUGGAGAGCUCUUUCCCCCAGGCAACCGGAGAUGCCGCUAGAAUCUCAGGACCCCUCCUCAGCCGCAGGAGCAAGCAGUGCAAGAUCCGCUUCUACCUGCACAUGUCUGGAGACGGCUUUGGAACGCUGAACGUGCUCCAGGUCACCAGCUCCUCAGGUCACCAGCUCCUCCUCAACCUGACUGGAGACCAGGGAAACUACUGGCAGAGGAGGGACAUCCAGCUGACCUCUCAGGAAGACUUCCGGGUCACCUUCGAGGGCAAGGUGGGCCCCAGCGCCAAGGGGGACAUCUGUCUGGAUGAUAUCACCUUCUCACCAGGCUGCCUGCUCGCGUCUACGUCAGAAGCACUGGAGACUCCACCCCCAUCAGGCUCCUGUCCUCUGGGCCACCUGCAGUGUGAGAACGGCCAGUGUUUCCAUCCAGACAAGAGCUGUGACUUCAUAGACGUUUGCGCCGACGGCACCGAUGAAAAGGAUUGUGGGACUUCCUGCUCUUUCGAGAAUGGUCGCUGUGGUUGGAAGAGCUCCCUGGCUGACAACUUUGAUUGGGCAUUGGGUGUGGGCUCGGUCCAGGGCAUAAGACCUCCAUUUGACCACACUCUGAAGAAUGAGCAUGGCCAUUUUGUCUAUCUGGAAGCUACUCCAGUGGGAUUUAAAGGUGAUAAGGCUCACAUGAAGAGCUCUGUGUGGAAGGAGUCCAGUGCCACCUGCAAGCUCACCUUCUGGUACUACAUUUCCCACAAAGCAUCAGGAACCAUCCGCUUACUGGUCAAGACUGAGAACAAUGGGGUGACGGAGGUGUGGAACAAGACCGGGAACCAGGGGGAGGAGUGGAACCGGGCGGAGGUUCCCCUGCGGAAGUUGAGGAACUUUGAAGUGGUCUUCGAGGGGAUACGCUCCAGAGACGUGAGCGGAGGGGCUGCGCUGGAUGACCUCCUGUUCAAAGACUGUGACCCCAGUGCAAUGGUGCCAGCGUCAUGUCCGGCGGUCACAGACUUUGUGUGCCAGAGCGGUGACUGCAUCGAGUCCCACCUGGUGUGUGACAGCAAGGCCGACUGUGCAGACGAGUCGGAUGAGGUAGACUGUGGCUACAUUGUAGGCCUACCAGGUGCCUGUAACUUUGACAUGCCAAAGGAUAUGUGGGAGGAGACCUGCCAGCUAACUCAGGACCCUGAUGAUGACCUUGACUGGAGGAUUGGUCAGAGGAGAGACACCCCAGGAACUGGACCCCCCUUUGACCACAGCCCUGGUGGAGAAGGGAAGUUUCUGUAUGUGCACUCUGCCACAGAGAGAGAAGGUGACAUCGCCAAGGUUACGACGCGGAACCCAUUCCCGGCCAGUAUUGGCCUAUGUCACCUACGAUUCUGGUUCUACAUGCAUGGAUCAGACAGGAUGGGGACGUUAAAGGUCUACACUGUCGGCUCAAGCGGAACUCGCCUGUUAAUGUGGGCUGCCAGUGGUAACCAUGGCGACCGGUGGUCCUACGCAAGUGUGAUCCUGUCCAACACAACCCCCUUCAGAGUGACCUUCCAGGCAGAAGUGGGGGGUGACGUGUGGACGGACAUCGCCCUGGAUGACAUCUCCUUUACCACUCAGUGUGUGGUGGGAGGUCCUGUGACUCCAGAGCCUCUGACCUGCGGCGCGGGUCAAUUCCAGUGUGUCCACUCCUUCCAGUGUGUACCUCUGUCCUGGAGGUGCGAUGGGGAGGAGGACUGUGCUGACCAGUCAGAUGAGGAGCAAUGUCCCAGCCUUGUCCCAGGCACCCUGCCCCCCCAGGACCACUGUCCACACCCUGACCAGUACCAGUGUUUAAACAACACCUGUCUCCCCUCCCUACUACGAUGCGAUGGAGUCUCUGACUGCCCCUACGGAGAGGAUGAAUACAGCUGCCCUCUCCAGCAGUGUGCGCUCGGGUCUCUGGUGUGUGAGAGUUCGUCCAGUUGUGUCCCGCUCCAGAAGCGUUGUGACCAGAUCGUUGACUGUCUACCCUUUGACUCUGACGAGUCCAGCUGCCAUGAAUGCCCUCCGAGAUACUGUCUGCAUCACGGAGAGUGCCAUGUGGAGAGGCAUGGGCCAAUGUGCAUGUGCCAGGAUGGUUGGACAGGAAACCGUUGCCAUGUGAGACCAAAGCCCUCUCCCUCUUCCUCAAUCUCAACGGCCCUGCCAGAGGAUCCUGGACUAGAGACUGUGUAUGCUGGCAUAGCCAUUGGACUGACCCUGCUGAUUCUUGGUAUUGCUGUCUGUGUCCUGUUUGUAUUCCUAAAGAGACACUCUUUGAACAAACGUGACCUGAAGGACAACCCAGCCUUUGAUUGGAGGGCAGAGCUCCUCGGUCUGGGAACUUGCCCUAGACUUAACCCCAAGACUAGGGAGGGUCCUGGGCUUCCCAUCAGUGUCUACCCCUGGAGGAGGGAUGCGGAGUGGGAGGGUCCAGUCCGGAGAGAUGCCAAACUGUCCUUCCCAAACCCUCUGUACCAGUACCCCUCCACUGCCAAUGGGGCAGACUGCAGCAGCUCUGAAGCAUAAAAACAACAAAUACAACAUACACUACUGUGCCAUAGCCAAUACUAAUGUCAACUUUACUGUAUACGUUUGUGACCGACCACCUCGAUUCGGUAUUACGUAGCAACAUUUGAAAUAGUUUUUUACAUUGGAUAAAAGUAGAGACUCAGAGCUAGAAGAUGGUAUAUCAUUUACUGCAGUUGAGGAACAAUGGGAAAGUAAUUCUGCUUUGAAAGUUGAUAAACUUGUCACCCCACUUUUGAGAAAACGCCCCUUGAAUGUUUUGGUGCACCUCCUGGAGAGCUCUUCUUUGUCUACACCCAUUCAGGAUCGUUCACAUCCUCUUAAGCCUUAGCCCCACCCAUUUCUUAAAAGGAUGCACACGUAAGGCCAUGUGCUAAACAGAGUGAGUAGUUUAGUAAAAAAAACAAAGGUUUCAAGACUAAAAAUGGUAAAAGUCGUAGCCUACAGUGAGGAAACCUCCCGAUAAAAAUACACUUUAUCCAGUCCUUGGCCUAUAUCCUAGUCUGACUUUGGUGCAGGUCAUGUUAUUCUUCACAUUACCAUCUCUGGUAAACACACAUUAUAUCAAAUAAAAACUUUUUGUUGUGUCAUAUGCACAGGAUACACAAUGUGUAAACAGUACAGUGAAACGGUUACUUGCGUAGUAGCAGUAUCAAAAACAGAAAGUGUCCAGAUAAAAAAUAUUGUAUAAUUAUUAGAUGACGCUUACCCGACACACUUGACUAAAUUGAUAGGUCAUGUGAAGGAAAUGCUAUAACCACCCCUCAGCCACAUCUAGCUAAGUGGAUGGGUCGCUAUUGUCUAGACGUACAGCUAACAGAACGCUUUAACUAGCAAUGAAAAUUACUUUCUGACCAAAUUACAAACUUAUAAUAUCUGAAAAUGUAGCUAGACUCUUUCCCUUAUACUUGGAUGAACGCUUCACUGCAGACUGGAACCAUUUAACUCAGUUUUGUUUGUAGCUACAUCUUGUUUGGACAGCAUUGUGUCAAGUCACUCCGGUUCACACUGACUGGGGUGCGCAGAAAGUAGCCCAUCACUUUUUCCAACUGAUCUGUCAAUAGCACCUGCUAAAUUCAGGGCAUCAAUGUUGUUGAGAAAAGUAGAACAACUUGUGUACUUCUCGAUGGCUAACGUUAUAUCUGUCAAAAAUGGCGCGGUAGAAAGGACUAUCAACAUAUACUGAGCAGCUCACGUUAUAGACAUACGCAUGCUACAUGGCCGACCAAUCCAAACUCAUCUCCCGGUAUGUUUAGCCGAUCCAUUAUCUCAGCCAAUCAUGGCUAGCGGGAAGGUUCCUGUCUUUUUCCAUGGCUAAACCAACUAGGCUCGUAAUUUAACUAUUUUUAUACAUCACUUAUGGAUGGAUACAAGUUUGUUAUUAAGGCACAUGAGAAUUGACAUGUUCCUGAAGGAAUUUCUAGCAAAAAAACACAUUUUGAUUUUUU